AUGGCCACUGGCUGGGAGAGCUGCACCGGAGGCGCUACUGGACUGUUUAGCGGGGGGGCUGCUGGCGUUGUAACUGGAGCUGGAGCUGCAGCUGGAGCCAGUCGGCCAGUGAGUGGAGGGUUCAAGUAUCUGUACCUCGGAUCGAGAAAGACACGAGUUGAUGAUCUGGAGGGGGAUCAGAAUAGGGGAUCAGAGUACUACCUACCAAGGACUGUGCACGAAAUGACACAGUCGACACUGUACUACAGGGCGCAACUCCAACCGAUAGAGUCCGUGCAGAUGAGUGAGUGA